GACAUUGAUCCUAUGACGCAUGCCCGGAAGAAACAACUUUUCCUUCUGAAACAUCCAGCUGGUUCUGCUGGCCAAGCUUCAUCACCAACAGGCAGCAGGAGGAUGGACAGGACCGAGGCAGAGUGUGGCGAGCAGAGAGACAGGGAUGCCACUGAGGCUCCGAACUGUCCGAGUGGGUUUGUGGGGACGAACAAAAGCAAGAAUUUGCAUGAAGUGCGAAAGACGUACCCACUGCGGAGACGACUGCUCCCCUCGGUGAACAAAAAGACCUGCAAAGUGCUCCUCACCAGGCUGGAGGAUGUGGCUGGAUCUCUGUCGAAACAGACCCAGAGCUGUAAAAAAAAGGACCUUCCCAGUUGGAUGGAGGGUUUGGGACCUGCUUUGUUCUCUGAACAAGUUCAGCCUGUGGGAGCAGGGAAGAGUGAUUCAUCUGGGGAAAAGUGCACAAUAACUUAUCCAGGGACAGAGCAAGACCUUGAUACUGCUCCUUCAGAGCCCAGGAAACGCAGGCUGGCCUCGCUGAACGCAGAGGCAGUGAACAAUCUGCUUUUUGAACGGGACGAUGGCUUAUUAUCCGGCAGGCGUUUUCGGAGAGACACUGUUAAAGCUGGUGGAGACUGCACCGUUAAGAGCUUGCAUUGCAAAGCUGCUGAGAACUGGCCUGCAUUGGAAAAAACAGCUGUGAAAACAGGUAAAGGGAAAAACCGGCAUGAGCCCAGUCAGAAAUGCAGUAGCUGUGACCAUUCACUGGAUGAGGUCUUUGAUGAUGGGACAAAGAGGGAGGAUGGUGCUAUCUCCUAUCAUCCCACCCCAAAGAGACUGGCUAGCCUGAACGCCGUGGCCUUUCUGAAGCUGACCCACGAGAAAGACCAACCCCUGAAGCAGAGGAGUAAAUCGGACGGAGAGGGCAAGUCCGAGAACCACUGUUCAAAAUCUACGCUGAAAUGGGCCAAAGCCGGUAGGAAGAAUUGCGUCAAAUCCAAGAAGGAAAUGGCUAGCUUAAAAACAGAAGGUCAGCAUGGCUGGCGAGGACUCACUCUAGGCGCUUUUGGGAAAGGAGAGCAGCAGGACUCCUCUAGGCUCUACGGGAUGGCAGAACCCGUCCCCUACGAGUCGCUGUCUAGCUCCUAUGCUAGCACAGAGGGUUUCUACCACAGACUGCCUUUGCUUAUGGGUGGACAAGCUUCCAUGAAGCCGGAGUAUGGAAGACCCGGAGAGAAAUCCCCGACCCCCAAACAGGAAUUUCAUCAGCCUUCCUUUCCCGUGCAGCAGUUCCCUCCCUUGCCUGUGCCCGGAAAUCACACGGAUUGUGGAUGUCUCUAUGAAUCCUCAGAUCUGACUCCAUUGAACGGGUUUUACGUUUAUUAUGGCCAAAGUGGAUACAGUGGCUACUCUCACUGCUCCGUUUACCCCAAGGACGAGCUUUCACAAUCCGCUACCUGCGAGGGGCUCUUGGUAUCGCCCGGUUCCUUGCCGUCAGGUGCUCAUUUCCAGCCACUCCACUGGUGUAACUCUCCGUACUGUUGUGGAGAAGGAACAGCAAUUAACAGUUACAGCGUCUGUGGAGUCGUGCACGUGCCAGAGGGCAGGAUUAGCAGCGUGCAUGCAGGACGGAACAGCUACCCCUACAAAAUGCCUUUUGCAGCAGAAGGCUGCAAGUCUCUGGACCAGCUGAACCUCACAAUCCCUGUGGCAGGGCACCCCGCGUCACCUGCCCACCCGCUCUCAGGAUGUCCUGUACCCAGCGUGCCACCGGCUGCAGAACCCGUUCCUCAUCUGCAGACCCCCAACUCUGACCCUCAGACCAUGGCCCGAGAAUGUCCACAGAGCUCAAAGCCUCCCAGCGGCUCCAAAUCCGGUCUCCGAAAUACUACGGGCUGUCUCCACGCAUCUGACAGCAAAGCAGCGGGAGGUCAUUCCCAUCCGAAGCAGCAACGCAUUAGCAGGCGGAGAGCUACCAAUGGCUGGAUACCCGUUGGCACAGCCUGCGAGAAGGCCGUCUACGUUGUGAAUGAACCAGAGCCGGCUGUUCGCAAGAGCUAUCAGGCUGUGGAGAGAGAUGGGGAGAUUAUCCGGGUACGAGAUACUGUCCUCUUGAAAUCAGGACCCCGGAAGAAAUCUAUGCCAUACGUUGCGAAGAUAUCGGCACUGUGGGAAGACCCCAAAACAGGGGAGCUGAUGAUGAGCCUCCUGUGGUAUUACAGACCGGAGCACACUCAGGGAGGCCGCAAUCCCAGUAUGCACCAGAAUGAGAUCUUUGCAUCCCGGCAUCAGGACGAAAACAGUGUUGCCUGCAUAGAGGAGAAAUGCUACGUGCUGACCUUUGCAGAGUACUGCAGAUUUUGUGCCUUGGCAAAGCGUCGAGUCGAAGGGAUCCCAGGCAGGAAAACCAUUAUGGUUCCUCCCUCGGAAGAGUACUCCACACCUCUGCACCGCAAGGUGCCCGAGGACACUGACCCUGAGCUGGUUUUCCUCUGUCGUCACGUCUAUGACUUCAGACACGGGCGCAUCUUGAAGAACCCACAGUAGCACCAUUCUUCAGUCGGACCGCGGUGAGGAUGAGCGGCACCGGAGAGCCGACGGCAGGCUGACGGUCUGGGACAUCUGUGCACUCUCGACGACUUACCUUGUGCUGCUUGCAGACGAGAGCGCCCAGCGCUCUUUCCUCAGACUGAAAAGUGUGUGCGGGAGCAGAUCCCUGUGGAGGAAGGCAGCAGUUGAAAGCACAGCACUUCAUUAAAAGCAUAAAUGAAAAUAUAUACGUAUAAAAUAAAUAUAUGUAUAUAGAUAUAGGUACUUGCAUAUGU